UAGUUCUUUUCUCCCCCUUUUUAUCGUUGUGCCAGCUGAGUCAUCAUGUCCGCUCUGACGCCUCAAAGCGAUAUGCCAACCCCCACCACCGACAAGAUCACGCAGGCAGCCAUGGAGACCAUCUACCUUUGCAAAUUCCGAGUGUCCAUGGACGGAGAGUGGCUUUGUUUGCGAGAGCUGGAUGACAUCUCGCUCACACCUGACCCUGAACCUACCCACGAAGACUCUUGGGAGGAUUUGACAGAUUUGGUGGAGCAAUUGCGCGAUGAUACAGAAGAUCCCAAUUAUCUCAUGGCUAAUGAACGCAUGAACCUGAUGAAUAUGGCGAAGCUGAGUAUAAAGGGCUUGAUUGAAUCGGCACUUAACCUUGGCAGAACACUGGACUCUGACUAUGCACCCCUUCAGCAGUUUUUUGUAGUAAUGGAACACUGCCUUAAACAUGGCUUAAAAGCCAAGAAGACUUUUCUGGGCCAAAACAAGUCAUUUUGGGGACCUCUGGAGCUGGUAGAGAAGUUUGUCCCUGAAGCUGCAGAGAUCACAGCUAGCGUGAAAGAUCUUCCGGGGUUGAAGACCCCUGUGGGCAGGGGAAGAGCCUGGCUCCGACUAGCACUGAUGCAGAAGAAGCUUUCAGAGUACAUGAAAGCCUUGGUCAACAGAAGGGAACUUCUCAGUGAAUUUUAUGAACCAAACGCGCUCAUGAUGGAGGAGGAGGGUGUCGUAAUCGCCGGCCUCUUAGUCGGCUUGAACGUCAUUGAUGCAAAUUUCUGUAUGAAGGGUGAAGACUUGGACUCUCAGGUCGGCGUUAUUGAUUUUUCUAUGUACUUAAAGGAUGGAAGUAGCAGCAAAGGCACUGAGGGAGAUGGUCAAAUUACUGCAAUUCUAGACCAGAAGAAUUACGUAGAAGAACUCAAUAGACAUUUAAGUGCCACUGUCAACAAUCUGCAGGCAAAGGUUGAUGCUUUAGAAAAAUCCAACACAAAACUUACAGGGGAGCUUGCUGUUGCAAACAAUAGAAUUAUAACACUGCAAGGAGAGAUGGAGAGAAUCAAAGAAGAAAGCUCAUACAUGUUGGAAUCCAACAGAAAGGUAACUAAACAGGACAGAACUGCAGACGGGCACGCCUUGAGUGAAGCACGGAAACAGCUGAAGGAGGAAACGCAGCUACGGCUGGAUGUGGAAAAAGAGCUGGAGGUGCAGAUCGGGAUGAGACAGGAAAUGGAGCUGGCCAUGAGGAUGCUGGAGAAAGACGUUUGCGAGAAGCAGGACGCCCUGGUGGCGCUGAGGCAGCAGCUGGACGAUCUCAGGGCCCUCAAACACGAACUUUCUUUCAAGCUGCAGAGUUCAGAUCUGGGAGCGAAACAGAAGACUGAGUUAAACAGCCGCCUGGAGGAAAAGACAAAUCAGAUGGCUGCGACCAUUAAACUACUUGAACAAAGAUUGCAGCAGGCAGAGAAAGAGCGCCAGUCCCUGGAGGAGGACAACCGGCUCUUCAAGCAGGAGUUCGGAGAGAAGAUCAACAGCCUGCAGCUGGAGGCCGAGCAGCUCCGGAAGCAGCGGAGCCAACUCGAACAGGAACUGAAGUGGUCCCGGGACCGAUGGUCACCUUCUCGCUACGGGGUUCAGGAAAACAAGGGCUUUCACAGCCAAGGCAAGGACUUUCCAAAGGCUGGGCCCAAAAUGGAUCCUGGAAGCAAACUCCUGGAGGGAGAUUCCCAACGGAGACCAUCCAUGAAGGAGGAGAAUGCAGUACUUCCAGUCAAGGCACCCCCUAAUGGACAAGAAGUGCAUGAGCAGCCUGGGAAGUCAGAGUUGUGCCAGUUGUGCCAGGAAGAAAGCACGCGAAGCCAAAAGAAGAACAUUUGCAAGAACUGUAGCGGGAUCUUCUGCGAGGCCUGCUCAGCGAACGAGCUGCCUCUUCCGUCCAGCAUCCACCCGGAACGCGUCUGCAACCGGUGUCACAAGCACCUGAUGCAGCAGUAUUCUGCGAGUCCCUCCUAAAGACUGGGGAAUGCAGAUUCUGCCGAACGUCGCUUGUACGCACCAGCUGACCUCUGCCGUGAAACGUCGUCUUUUCUGAAUGUCUCUGCGGCUGUUUGGGGAGAUUUUUGAGAGAGCCCCUGAAGAACCAGAGAGCCUGGAGUGUGCUAUAAUCGCACUGACAAUCAACUGUAAAACGUUUAAGGAUCUUUGGCCAGCCAUCUUUUGAAGAGUUUUGCCCAACCUCCUGCCUCUACUGCGAAGGCGUUGUGCUCUUGAGAAUCUGCAUUGGAAGCCGAGGGCUGCGUGUCGUUUUGUUUUGUUUUUACAGGCCCAGAAGACACUGUUGCAGUGCUUAUCUGUGAAUUCGAAGGUGCAUCAGAGCCUCCAGCAAGGGACAAAAGUGUAACCUGUGAGCCUGUGGAAAGACACCUAACACAGGGCUCUUUUCCCUCCAAUCUACUUCUCCUAGGAAGCCAGCUGCGCAGAUGGACCCAUCUUGCACUAAUACCUGGAAGCCCGGUGAACUAGACAGGUCCAGCAUAAGCCUCUUGUAGCUCUUAUGUGGAUCACACAUCCAUCUGAUUUCCUAAGAGGGAGCUAGUGAAUGCAAAGAAUCGUACAAUCUGUAAUAUAUAUGAGUUACACAGCUCUCCGGAGGCGAGGCAUUUGUUAACCAGGGGAUAUAGGAUACAUGCUCAUAUUCUGGUUCUGAGCUGCCUCUGAAUCACCCCGUCGAGAGGCCCUGGGAUGGAACUGCAUAACUCCUGAAAACAAACUAAAGGCAACUGUGUCCAGUUAGAGAGAGGCAUCACUGGGAGCGGUCGUUUUGACCUGUUUCCACAGAUUUAACUUUUGUCAAGGGUUUGAUUUUGUACUUGUGCUGCUUAGGGGGAAAAAAGGAAAUUUAUUCCACCAAGCUCUCCUUGAGGGAGAACCUGUGUGUGAAUUGCACUGCGUUUUUUUUUAAACUGCACAAUUGUCCGCAAGUUUGCUGGCAAAAAUUUGGCCAAGGUCUUAAGACACCAGUUUUUCUGGGAUGCCUAGGGGUCAGUAAUUGAUUGUGAAUUCUCUGAGCCACACUUGGAGCUUGAAUAGUUUGCCCGCUUAGGUGAAAAUCUGCACAGAUCGCAUAUUAAGGCUGUAGAUGCAGGAUUUGUAUGGAAUUGUUCAUGGGGGGGAAAAUCAGGAAUUCAUAGAGACGCUGGGUGAUUUCUUCAUUGUAAACUCAAUGGAUGUUAGGAAUAUCAGUGGCUUGUUACAGAACGUAUUCUGAAACGUAAUGGAGCAGAUAUACUUCUUAAUGGGAGUGUGGUGGCUGCUUCGUCGUUCCAAAGACGCCGUUUCUACUCUGGAAACUUUGCACAGCCAUCUUGGUGAGCCGCAUCACACGCUUUGUGGGAAGAGGACUGUGAACUGGAAACUCGCAGAAUAAUCAUUGGAUGUGUAGGUGGGCUAGCGUUUUAUCGCUGUUAUGUUCAUGCUGUGCAGACAAACAAAUCUUUAAGGAA